CUUUACUAAUAGUUUUAUUUAUAAUUUUUUUAUCUAUAGAUUUAAUAAAUUUUUAUUUUUACUAUGAGUUUAGAUUAACCUUAAUAUUUAUAGUUAUUUUAUAUUGGGGGGUUGGUAAUAUUCGGUUAAUUUCUGGUUAUUAUUUUAUAUUUUAUACUUUGUUUUUUUCUUUGCCUUUAUUAAUAUUUAUAUUUUUUUUUUCAAUAUUUUUUAAUAUAAAUGUGUUUUUUAUACUAGAGUUAAUAUUAAAUGUUAAUAGUUUAUUGUUGAAUAAAUUUAUAUUUAUAUAUAUAGUUAUAUCAUUUUUUAUUAAGAUUCCAAUAUUUUUAUUCCAUGGGUGAUUAUUAAAAGCUCAUGUUGAAGCACCUGUAUUUGGGUCAAUAAUUUUGGCUGGAAUUUUGUUGAAAAUAGGAACAUAUGGGUUAUUACGAUUUAUAAGAAUAUUUUUUGUAAAUUUUAUUAAUUUAAAAUUUUGAUUGCUAAUUUUUAGCAUAUUAGGUAGAAUUUAUAUUAGAAUUGUUUGUAUUCGACAAAUUGAUAUAAAGGUAUUAGUCGCAUAUUCAUCUGUAGUUCACAUAAAUUUAUUACUUUGUGGAAUAAUAACUUUUUUAAAGAUAGGUAUAUUAGGAGCUUAUAUAAUAAUAAUUGCUCAUGGAUUAUGCUCUUCAGGAUUAUUUUAUUUGGUUAAUAUUUGUUAUCAGGAGAGUAAUAGUCGUUUAAUAAUUUUAAAUAAAGGGUUUAUAAUAUUUUUACCUUCAAUAAGAUUAAUUUGGUUUCUAUUAUGUUCUUCUAAUAUAUCUGCCCCUGUUUCUUUAAAUUUAGUUAGAGAAGUACUUUUAUUAAUAAGUCUAGUAUUAAUCAAUAAAAUUUUAAUUUUAUUGCUAAUAUUUUUAUGUUUUUUUUCAUUUUUAUAUACUUUGUAUUUAUUUAGAUAUGUUCAGCAUGGUAAAAUUAAUUUUUAUCUAAACAUUGGAGGGAAUAACAUAUUAAAUUUUUAUAUUUUAAUUAUUCAUUGAGUUCCUCUGAAUAUUUUAUUUUUAAAUUUAUUU